CUUUGUUUCUUUCUUUUUUUUUUUUUUUUUGUCUUCCACCGUCUUCCAAUUUCUCUCUCCAAUAGAACACAGAAAUAAGUCUACUGUUUAUUGGCGGCAGGACAGAUUCUUCAUUAAGAAUUUGUUUUAGGUGGUAUUUCUUUGUUCCUUGGUAUGUAUUGACUUCUAAGGGUAAAGUUAGUAGUUCUCAAGAUCGGUAGAGAAGGGGUUGAAGGAACAAACAUGGGCUGAUGCCGAUGGCGAUGCCGUGGGAGCUUGCCGUGUACAUAAUGUACAUGGUGUGGGAUGCGCUCGAUGGAUGGAUCUUGUCGUGUGUGUUGGUAGCCGAUGAGAUCGCCCGCUCCCUCGGGACCAGCAACGUCGGCGUACUAUGA